AUAUAUAUUUUUUUCACCUACGAUGGCCAUGCAGGCGAGCUCUGCUAAAUUAUUAUUUAAAUUGAGGAUUUAAAUAUUCUGAGCUAUGGAACAAACAAAAGCUAAUUCACCUAAACUUUUUGUGUGCACCGCUAUAGAAAACAAGGAUGAAAUUGAAGAGAGAUACGAAAGAGCCUACAUCUUUUUUCAAUCUCUUGUAGCUGAUUGUAGUGAAAAGGAAGCUCAUGAUGCACUUAACAAUGCUGUUUGCAAAAAUCAUGAAGAUGUGUCGCUGGGAAUGCUUAUGUCAAUUCUCACUGAGCCACAUAAUGCCACAAAAUGCUAUAGAGAUCUUACUCUAAUAACAAGAGAUGGUCUAACUUGUGUUCUUAAUAACUUGUCCAAUUUGAUCUUAGAAAGGUAUUUAAAAUUCCAAGAUACAACACGGAAUCAAUUAUUAUGGCUUGUAAAAGAAAUGAUAAGAAAUGUUGUAACAGGAGUGGAUAGUGUUUGUUGGAAUUUAAUGCGUUAUGCAUCUGGUGGUGACAUCACACCUAAAAAUAUUUUCUUAGUAGAAUCUCUUUUGGAUAUUUAUAUUGACAACAAAAUGUGGCUUGACAAAUUCCCAGUACUAAUAUGUAUGGUGGUAUAUACAUAUUUGAGAUUAAUCGAAGAUCAUAAUAUACCACAACUUAUGGCUCUGCGACAGAAAGAAGUCAAUUUUGUGAUAGCACUCAUAAGGGAGCAUUUCAAUGAAGUCUUAAGCUUGGGAAGAGAUUUAGUGCGUUUACUCCAAAAUGUUGCAAGAAUUCCUGAAUUUAAUCAAUUGUGGCAAGAUAUUCUUUUAAAUCCUAAAACACUAUCACCAACUUUUACCAAUGUACUACAGUUAUUACAAACACGAACUUCUAGAAGGUAUUUACAGUCCAGACUCACUCCAGAUAUGGAAAGAAAACUAGUAUUCUUGACAUCUCAAGUACGAUUUGGGCAUCAUAAAAAAUAUCAAGAAUGGUUUCAACGACAAUACCUAGCAACACCUGAAUCUCAAUCCUUACGUAGUGAUAUGAUUCGUUUCAUAGUAGGGGUUAUACAUCCUACAAAUGAGUUACUGUGUUCAGACAUUAUUCCGCGAUGGGCAGUCAUUGGAUGGCUACUUACAACUUGCACCUCAAAUGUUGCAGCUUCAAAUGCAAAAUUAGCCUUAUUUUAUGACUGGUUAUUUUAUGACCCUGAAAAAGAUAAUAUCAUGAAUAUUGAACCUGCUAUACUCGUAAUGCAUCAUUCUAUGAGAUCUCAUCCAGCAGUUACUGCAACCCUUCUUGAUUUUCUCUGUCGCAUUAUUCCUAAUUUUUAUCCAUCAUUUGCAGACAAAGUAAGACAAGGAAUUUUCAAUUCUCUUCAACAAAUUAUUGAAAAGAGGGUUCUUCCCAAUUUACAACCCCUAUUUGAUUCUCCAAAAUUAGAUAGAGAACUACGCACAACUGUAAGAGAGACUUUUAAGGAGUUUUGUAGUAAUGGUGAAGGAGUUUCUGGAUUAAGGGAAGAAGGUAUUGAAGAUCUGCCUAGGGGUGGACCUGAUGAACCAGUAUUUUCUGAUGAUGAGGAUGAAGCCAGUCCAAAUAUUGGAGAAGAUACUGAUGAUGAUGAUUUACCUCUAUCAGAGGUUCGGGCAAGAGAACGUCCAGAACUAGCAGCAGCUUUACCUCUAGUUUUACGGCCAUUUGCUGAAACCCUCCUUGAUGAAAGAACAGCAAGUGCAGGAACAGCUUUGCUUAGCGCAUGCUCUCCACCAAUGCCUACUGCAGUUGCACUUGCUGAUUUAUUUGCUGCUGCCGUACAAGAUAUUCCACCCCCAAAAAUAAGUAUAAACCCUACUACAUCAGAAUUGGAAACUAUUCUUAAUAAUCCAAUAUUCUCAAUGUUUAACUAUCUUAGUGGCGAUAGUUCUGAUUCAAAGCGUAAGUUAAUAAUGGAAGCAUUCAAAGAGAUGUAUGCACAAAGUUCUGUUCCGAGUUUAGGUUAUUGUUUAUUAGUUUAUUUAAAAAUUUGUUAUGAGAAAGAACGCCGUGCUGAACGAGAUCCCGCAAAAAAGAGAAAUGUUAAAUUUAAAACAGAUAUUUAUAAAGAUUAUUGUAGUAAUUUAGAAUUAAAACUUGCCGAGAGUUUAGCUGAUGAUUUUGAAAAGUGCCAAGAAUGUGACGCAAAUGUUCUUGUAUGGUUGAUACCAGAUGUAUACAGAGAAUUUAAAGAUCAAGUUCAAAAUCAUAUCAGAUUAUUGCAUAUUAUAGUAUCCACAUUAGAUGCUGGACAACUACAGCGUCUAGUGUGUCUAACAUUACAGGGAAACUUAAUGAUGUUUAAAUCUGACGAUAUAACAACAAUGUUAUCUACAAGUCUGGGCUGGGAGACCUUCGAACAAUAUUGCUUAUGGCAACUUUUGACAGCACAUGAAAUAUCAGUUGAAGAUGUUUUACCAAUUAUACCCAAAUUAUCCUACAAGGAUCAUGCAGAAGCAUCAACAUCGGUAUUGCUCAUGUUAAAACAAGAAAGACCAACUGCAGAUGUUGUGAGACAAAUGUUCUGCAGAUCUUUGGACGAAGAUGACUCAUUUGUUGUGUCUACUGUCAUGUAUUGGUGUCAAGAUUAUGAAGAUAAAGUAGCUGAUCUUUUGGCCGUUUUAUUAAGUACACGAUAUCCAGGUACAAGUCCAAACAAAAGAAAACGUCCAGGAAAACAUAACAUUCCACCAAACGCGCCGCCUUCCGCUGAAUUAGUAUUAGGUCACCUAGAACAAAUAAGAGUAUGUUGUGUGGAGCAGAAUGAUAUGUCAAUUUUUAACAUGGAAUGUAUGCAGAAAGCAUUGCAGCACUCGCAAUCAAAUAGUAGUGAUAGUUUGAAGAGACAAUACAGUGACCUGUUCUUUUUGGCUUGGCAAGAUGAAUUACCAAUGUUGAGGAGAGCAAGAAAAUUAGCUUCAAAUUCAAUGCCAUUAAAUCAAAAUUUACAUUCAUCAAAUGAGGAUAGUGAGGAGGAAGAAAUCGUCAAACCGAAGCAGGCAAAACGGCGAAAGAAAGCUAUUUCAGAUAGCGAUUGACUUAAUAAUAUAUAUAUAUAUAUAUAUAUAUUAACAUGUGUAGUAAUAUAAACACCAAAGUGCGACUCUACAAUAAAUAGUGUACUAUGUUUGUUUGUUACCUUAUAUUGUCCACAUGGUGCAAUUUUAAGAAUAAUAGUUCAUUAACAUUUUAAUCAAUAUUAUAGUAAUAAUAAUUCACAUAAUAUUACUAUGUAAUAUUCAUGUUAUUAUUUGAUAUUAUAUUAUAUUAUAAAUGUUGCCACAACUUACGUUAUUAUUACGGUAAGGAUAAGUACAUGUUAAUAUUUUUUUAAUGAAACAAAAGUCACACAAAAUGUUACUGACACCUUCUAGAAGGAGGUAUUAAGUAGGAUAAUGUUUUCAAAAUACACAUAGUAAAUAAUUGUAAGGAGCAUGGAAAUAUUGCUAAAAAUUGAUAACACUUUUACUUAAGUUUUUGUAAAUUUGUCACCAUCGCAUCUGUAGAAGUUGUAAUAUAUAUUGUUAUACAGAUUAUUUUUAUUUUUCGUAUAUAUAGUGUUGGACUUAUGUUAAGUAUAAGGUACAAGACCAAGAAUUUUAAGUAAAUAAUAUUAUAUUGUAUUAAAGCAAUUUUCGAAAUACAUUUUACACUAGGUUCAAUAAAGUAUUUCCCCAUA